AUGCUUCCGCUGUUGCUGUCACUACUGCCAGUGGCAGACUCUGGAAGCUGCUCUGCCGGCACGGCCUACUUGCAGCUGCAAGGCAACGUGCAACGGGCCGUGCAGCUCCGCGCGGGAGAGUUCGAGCCCGUGGACGGUGCAGUUGGCAGGGCUUGCCGUGGCGCCACUAGCACGGACAACCGGCCGUCCUACUUUUCGGCCAUCCACGGAGUCUCCUCUCUUGAAGCUUGCAAGACAGAGUGCCUCAGUGUGGACACGUGCAAGGGCAUCGAAUACAGCACUGGCCGCUGCGAAGUCUGGACACGGCCAGAAGGCAUCCAAGCUUCACGAGCGCUCGAGGGAUACAGCUGCUACCGACUCGUGGACGAGAGUUCGUCUACGACCACCACUACUCCGUUCCCAGCUGGCGCUUUUGAAGCCGUGAAUGGCGGCAUUGACCAGGCAUGUCGAGGUGGCAACCGUGGGGACAACAAGGCCAGCCACUACACCGUGCUCUCCAUGCCCAACCUUGUCGAAUGCCAGGCGGAGUGCUACUCACGAGCAGAUUGCAAAGGUGUGGAGUACAGCAAUAGCCGUUGCGAGAUCUGGACACGUGCCGAAGGGAUCGAGGCCUCCUUGACGCUGUCGGGAUACCAGUGCUGGCGCAAGACCGGCGGCUGCAGCGCCGUGACCUCCGAGCUAGGUGCCACAGAUGCUUUGUGCUCCGAAGCCUGUAGCUACCUUGCUCCUGGCCAAUGGCCAUGUGGUGAAGGAGGCCCCUGCUUUUGCGGGGCAACAACCACAGCCACGACCAGAGUGACAACAACCACUACCACCGCAGGCACCACCACAGCAGCAAGCACCACAACCGCUGGCACAACCUCCACGGCCACUACAACCACCACGACCACAAGCACCACCACAACAACCACAACAACCACAACAACCACAACAACCACAACGACCACCACCGCUGCCACAACUAGCGUCGGCAGCACUCUUCCCCCGUCUUCCCUUGUUGAGCAGACGGUUCAGGCUUUGCAGAAUUCCAACUCCGCUGGCGUAUUUCAGUACGACACUGGCAACGGCUGGCUGGAAUCUGACAUCUACACAUGGCCCGACAUGAUCGAGGCGGUGCGUGUGAUGGCCACCAGCGGUGUGGGCCAGCUAAAGCUGUGGCUGGGAGACUCGAACCACAUCUAUGGCCUGGUCAACGUCGCUGCCUUCCUGGCUCAGUGCAUGCAGGAGACAAUCCAGUACAAUGCCUGUGACGAGAACAACUGGAGUGACAACAACGUGGUGGCAGAAGCUGGUGGUUCCACCUACUCAUCAACGUCUUCCUGUGGGCAGCUGCACCAGUCCUAUCAGGACUAUGGGUGCUCAGCGGAGGAAGAUGCCUUGGCAGGCGGCCGCAUGGCCUGCGAGGUGGACCUCAACAUGGAGAUGCGGGCCUUCACCCAGGCUGGCUGGUAUGGGGCGCCUGCCAAGCUCUUUUGUGCUCCCAAGAGCAAGGUGCCUAAGGCGCCGCGAUGGGAUUACAGCAGCCCUUGGUGCCCUCAAGAAGGCGGUUGGGGGUACGAGGCGCCUUUCGCGGACGACGUCGACCUGGACACCUAUUUCGACUAUGUUAACUCAGGAGGAGGCUGCAAGGACUACCAGGGCAUCAAGACGGGUGGCUGGAAAUUUGAUGGCUCUGGCUGUGUGGAUGGCGCCUGUCCGGGAGCAGAUGCCCCACUCUUCGGACAGCCGGAAGGCCGCACAGACGUAGAGGGCUGCUGCUGGUGGGGCCGAGGGGUCAUCCAGACCACGGGCACUUGCAACUUUGGAAAGCUGAACUUCUUCAUGGGCAAGCGUGCAGCGGAUGAGAACCGAGCCGCAAUUUAUCCCUCCAUUGACUUCUGCAAGAACCCCAACUCCAUUUGCGACCCGAGCAGCCCGCCGGAGCUCAAAUGGGUCGCAGGCAUGUUCUACUGGCUCAAUGCCGUGCAGCCAUACAAUUCAGGAGGCUGGAACUACAAGACCGAGUUGAAGAAGUGGGUUGAUGGUGGAAUGAAGAUGAGUGACACGUCCUUCAUCAACGGUGCGUCAGGCAUUGUCAACCGUGGCUGCCACAACCCGCCAAACUGCGGCACGGGCGAGCUUCAUGCUGGCCCUGCGCGAGCCACAAAUUUUCAGAAGGUGCUGAAGGCAAUGGGAUUAAUUUGA